AAAACUCCAGGUUUUGACAUAAAAAUAAUAUAUGAUUAAAUACUAUUCAUUGUAAUAUCAUUAGCACUUUCAAUCAAAUUUAUAUGAUCAAAUUUACUAUUUUUAUACUUUUUGAAAAAUUUAAUUUGAUUUUUUUUUACUUUGAAUCUGUCAGAAAGAAAAUGCCUUUUUAUAAAACUUAUUGAUUGCAACACAAUAUAAACAGCUGAUGAGCGGGUAGUUUUCUCUGCACAACCUUCAAAAGGCUAACCUCCGCGGAGGUUGCAUUCUAGUCGAUUGUGAUGUAGUUGAUGUAAAUGAUUCGUGAGAUUUUAAUCAGGAAUACAAUUCAUUGCUGCAUGAAUUUCCAAAUUUUCCGGUGAUUAAUUCAACAGUUUCUCAUUAAAUCGGAGCUAAUGAUGCCUUAUACUGUCUAACGUUGUGAGGUUAUUAGACAAUGAUAAUAUGAUCUUUUCUAAUUCAAUAAUUCAAAUUACUACUUUCUCAGCGAUUUCAACUUUCUGCUGGUAUGCAGUCUAUAAAAAAUUUCGUCAGCUUUACAAGUGGGAAGAAGAAUUCUGUGCAAGGGUUGUUGCAGCUAUUCAUGCUGUAAUUGUGGUCAUUUUAUCUUUCAUCAGUAUUAAGUAUGGACCAGAUCCGAUUUAUUCUCCAGGUGAAGAUAACACUGAUCUUCAAGUAUUAACUAUGUUAGUAAGCAUUGGCUACUUUGUAUAUGAUUUCGGGUGGUGUAUAAAACAUCAGCCUGAACCAAAAAUUAUGCUUUAUCAUCACCUCGCCUCCAUAUGUGCUAUUUAUUACAUAUUGCUCCACGGGAGCUCAGGUAGCGAGGCAGUUGGCGGUUUAGGUUCAUUAGAAUUAACCAACCCCUUGCUUCAGAUAAGGUGGCUUUUGCGGUAUCUUGGUUACAUGGACACAAUUGUUUAUAAAGUCAUAGAAGUGACUUUCUUUAUUCUUUUCCUGCUUGUUCGUUUGGGAUAUGGCUCAUGGUUGCUAAUUGCUGUUGUUGGCAGUCAGAAGUCUGCUAUACCUGUAAAAAUCUGCACAAUCCUGCUUUACUUGAUUUCAUUGGCCUUUAUUUACUCCAUUGGAAGAUUUGUUAUAAGAAAAUUACUUAGGGGCCCUGGAAAACCAGGUGAUGCAGCAGAAGAUGAUGAUGAUGUGAAGCUCAGCUGAAGUAUUAUAUAAAGUAAUGUAAAUAAUUUGAAUUACAACAUGAUGUGAUGGAAGUUAUACCCCACUGACAAGAAAAGACUGAUGGAAAUAUAACAAAAAACAAUAAAUUAUUUCAUUUUUAUGUAUUUUAAAAUUAAUUGCUUAAAAUAACGAAUUCUGAUGUUGAGUAUUGCAAAUGUCUCCUUAGGUACACUGGCUGCUUUCCAGAUAAUAUGUUUAAGAAUGAAUUAAAAUGUUAUUUUGUUAUCAGCUGUAAAAUAAAACCCAUAUA